UCUUUCUGCUUUCGAGAAAUUUUAAUUAUUUUGGUGUGGAACAUGGGCAAAGAAUGUGACGAUUUAUAUCAGAAACCACCUGUAAAACUCGGAUAUUCUCCAACACCCACCUCUCGCCGUAUCCUUCCCUGAGUAUCUUAACUCUUUUAAGUACCCCACGACCUCCUAGUGAGGUACUUACGCACACUUUAUCCUACAAACCAAGCGGUUCAUAAAUUAGCCGUGCAUGGAAAUCCUAGAAAAUAUGUACCACUUUGUAUUUGUGGUCUUUUGUUUGUGAUAUACAGGACGUAGGCGUGAUAUUGUCGGAAUUCUGUAUCUUCACAAAGCGAUAAAAUUGUCCGUCUGUCAGACGGACAGAGAUUGAAAACAGAACAUGUAGCUACAAAAGCUUAUGACUAUGCUUUCGAGCCACGUUCGGUGUCUUUUGCGUGAAGUUCGCCGACUUCGUCGCUUCUGAUACUUCGAUUUGAUCCGAAAUAUGGCCGUAUGCGAUUGAGGGACCUUCAAGAGUGUUGCAGUGGUCCAAAUCCAAUCAAAACUAUGGCCAAAAAUGUCAUAAGCUACAGCUGUAUUAGAUACGAGUGCGUAUAAGAUUUGUUCCCAAGUUAAAGGUUUUCUUCUUGUUCAAUGAUUUUCAAUGUGAGUUGAGCUAAUAGGAAGAUACCUGCUUCACUAUUAGGCAUAGAAAACCAGAGCUGAAAUCAGAAAACCAUGAAGAAAGCUUCUAUUUCUCCGCACAAUCUGGGUGUAUUGCAAAGCCCGGGGGCUCCUAGUUACCGUGACAAAAAUUCCGGGAGCCAAAGGGGUUGGAGCUCUGAACGAGUGCCAAUGCCAGGUAAAAGUAGCCGGAGGCAUUUAAGUGCUGCUUCUUUGAUGCCAUUCAAUAGUGGAAGGGCAUUGCCUUCAAAGUGGGACGAUGCUGAGAGGUGGAUUUGCAGCCCAAUUUCAGGUCAGAGUAAUGGUCAAGUUACAUAUUCACAGCCUCAUAAGCGGCCAAAGUCCAAGAGUGGUCCGAUUGUGCCUCCAGGGGUUGGGUGUUCUUCCAAUUAUUCGCCUGCAAUGCAGGUGCUUGACGGGAGCAGCCUGAGGAGUUUCCUUGUGGGUUCUCCUUUAUCAGCAGGAGUAUUGGCUGCUGAUGGUCUCUUUGUUCAAUAUGGUAACGUUGGUGUAGGACAGUCUUUUGUAGUGGAUGUUGAGCAUAGUGUCGCACAUUCGGGUUGUUUGCCUGGAUGGUCGGAGCUGUUGAGUGAGCCUUCAUCUCCCAGCUCUCAAGAUGAGAAACUGGAUGGAACUGAGGAAACUGUGGCCUCUCGUGCUGUUUCGCGAAGAGAUAUGGCCACACAAAUGAGCCCUGAGGGCGGCAUCAACUCAUCUCCUAGAGCGAAUUCUUCAUUUUCUUCAACUCCUCCAUCUUUCACAUCUAUUGUGGAAACAGAGGCUGGAAGUUCUACUAAAGUAGAAGUUAAGGAUGUGCAGGUUGACAAACGAGCCACUGUUAUUAAUUGGUCUAAAAAACAUAUAGCCAAUAGGACUAAGAAGAGAUCGCUCCAUGUUGAAGACUUCAAUAAUGAUAAGGAAACUCGAACUGCAUCUUGGGAUAUUGCAGAGGCGGAAAUGAACAUUUCAAAGUUGAAAAGAGAGGAAGCCAAAAUCGCCGCGUGGGAAAGCUUGCAGAAGGCAAAAGCCGAAGCAGAAAUACGGAAACUUGAGAUGAAAUUAGAGAAGAAGAGAUCAUCAUCAAUGGAUAAGAUCUUAAGCAAGCUGAGCAUGGCACAGAUGAAAGCACAAAAAAUGAGAAGCGCAGUGUCAGUCCAAGAAGGCCAUCAGGACCCCAAGACUUUCUGCAAGGUUGUUUCUUUCAGAAAGUUUGUGCGAAUGGGUUCUUUCCGUAGUUGCUUUACCACCCAUGAGUUCUAAAUCUACAUUCAGCGCUCUCCUCUAGUUUACCCUUACACCAGGUAAAAGGACAGCGUAGACCAGCCAGUAUGCGGAUUUGAGCAGUACUGCAGUAAUAUGAUGAGAAAGACACUUUUUUCUGAAUUCAAAAGCUUUAUUUUUUGGCGUUUUUGUCAACAAUACAAGCUCUUCAAUCUUCAUAUGAUUAUCGUGUCUUUCAAUAUGUUUCUGGAGUACCUUUUUGGGCAUUGUACAGGGUUACAUCAUGUGUUCAAGGACUAAGAAUUUGGAUCACUACAAACUCUUCAGUUCUUGUAUUUAUACUUCGACCGUUAUUAUUGAUUGUGCAUAAAAACCUUCCUUUGCAUGUUUUACUAA